AUGACGGACAAGCUCCCCCCGCCACUUUUGGCGCUGUUCCAGCCCAGGCCACCCCUUCGAUACCUGCCUCCCAAUGAUCGCGCACCAGGAGAUUGUCCAAAGAGCACUCUCUCGGGAAUUGCCCAAUACGUUGCUGAGGCCAAAGCUUACGCCGAGGAGGUUCCCUACAAUGCGACUGAAAGCUGGGUCCAGCGCAAAUUGCGUGAAAAGACAGAGAAGAAAGAGUUGUUACAGAAGAAGAUCGAUGAGGAUUUGCAAAAUUUCAAUCCUGAGAAAGAUCCUCAAGCCCGAGGUGAUCCAUUUAAGACGCUCUUUGUUGCACGCCUUAGCUAUGAUGUCAAAGAAGCAGACCUAGAGCGAGAGUUCGGCCGAUUUGGCCCCAUUGAGAGAAUAUCCCUCGUCAAGGAUACAGUAUCAGACAAGAAAAAGAAACCCCAUCAAGGUUAUGCAUUCGUUGUGUAUGAGCGCGAGAAAGACAUGAAAGCGGCCUACAAAGAAACAGAUGGCAUCCGCAUCAAAGACCGACGAGUAUUGGUAGAUGUCGAGCGUGGCCGUACCACCAAGGGAUGGAAGCCCCGUCGCUUUGGUGGCGGUCUCGGAGGACGUGGAUACACCAAGGCUAUGCCUUCUCGCCCCGGUGGCCCUGGAUUCAACGCACCAUCUGGACCCGGUGGGUAUGGAGGAGGAUUCCGUGGUGGUUUCGGUGGUAGGGGCGGAGGUGGUGGCUUCCGUGGUGGAGGUUUCCGCGGCGGUGACCGCUUCGGUGGUCCUCGCGGUGGUAUCGGUUAUCAAGGCGGCCGCGGCGGCUUUGGUGGACAAGCACCCCCUAACGCCCCAUCUGGCCCCGGUGGUGGGCGCAGUGGAGGAUACAGAGGUGGCUUCGGCGGCGAUCGCGGUGGUGGAAGAUUUGACAGGGGUGUAACCGGCAGCAAUUCGGAGCCUGUGCGCCCCAGAGAUAGCUAUGCUGACCGUGACCGCCGUGACUACGAUCGUGAUGAUCGCUACAGAGAUCGCGGUCGUGACCGCAUGGGCGAUCGAGGAAUGGGUGAUAGGGGGAUGGGAGACCGAGGCGGAGACCGUUACCGUGACCGGGAUCGUGAGCGCGAUAGGUAUGGCGGCGGUGGCCGGGAUGGCGACCGAGAGGACCGCAAGCGAAACCGCGAGGAUGAGCCUGGCUACGAUGACCCCCGCUCCCGAAGGAGAUACUAA